CGUGUGAUUUGCGCUGUGUGAUAGAUGUACUCAUCCAGCUAUUUUUAGCAUUGCGCUGGUGUUCUUAUUUAUUCGCUAACGUUUGUCUUAUUCGUUGGAUUCUAGAUUUUUAUCUUUUUUUUUCUAAUAUACUUCUCUACUUAUUUUACCUAUGAUCUUACGAAGAAAAAUGUGUUUAUUACUGAACUAAAAGUUAUAUUUUGUUCGAUGGAUGAAUUUUGUAGUUUGAAUAAGUCUCGUAGUAUUAUUAGUUGUACCAUUAAUUUGAAGUAAAAAAUAAAUAAAUGCCGCUCAAAUCAUGUUUUGGGGGAAAAAGCGAAGACGACAAAAAGAAAAAAGAAAUUAAUAAACGAAUAAAUGCUAAACUAAAACAAGAUGAAAAAAUUUAUAAGGCAACUUAUCGACUGUUAUUAUUGGGUAAGAAUGACACAUCUUUUUAGCCUGUGACUUACUCUAAAAUUUUAUUUGUAUUGUUUUAACAGGUGCUGGUGAGUCUGGAAAAUCAACUGUAGUCAAACAAAUGAAAAUUUUACAUAAUCCAUUCACACAACAAGAAAAAAUAGACAAAAUUCCUGAUAUCAAACGAAAUAUUCGUGAUUCAUUAACUAGUAUUCUAAGAGCAUUUGACAUUAUUGUUCCGCCUGUACAAUUAGAACAUCCUGAAAAUCAAUUUCGUGUUAAUUAUAUUUUGACUACAGCACAUCAGAUUGAUUUUGAUUAUCCACCAGAAUUUUAUGAACAUGCUGCUAUAUUAUGGAAAGAUGCUGGUGUACAAGCUUGUUUUGAAAGAUCGAAUGAAUAUCAAUUAAUUGAUUGUGCUAAGUAUUUUCUUGACCGUGUUGAUGAAGUAAAAGAUCCAAAUUAUAUGCCAGGUGAACAAGAUAUAUUACGAUGUCGUGUUUUGACAUCAGGAAUAUAUGAAACGAUAUUUACUGUUGAGAGAGUGCGCUUCCAUAUGUUUGAUGUUGGUGGUCAACGUGAAGAACGACGUAAAUGGAUUCAAUGUUUUAACGAUGUAACAGCCAUUAUAUUUGUGACUGCAUGUAGCAGUUUUAAUCUUGUGCUAAUCGAAGAUGAAGGACAAAAUCGUUUAAGAGAAUCAUUAGAUUUAUUCAAAAAUAUCUGGAAUAAUAGGUAUUAUCUAUUAGCAGAAAAAAUCAAAAGUGGACGAGCACGAUUAGAAGAUUAUUUCCCAGAUUUUUCACGCUAUGUUGUGUCACAAAUAGAACCCGAUAAAGCGGAGCCUGACGAAGAUCCAAAUGUGACAAGAGCAAAAUAUUUUAUACGUGAUGAGUUUCUGCGUGUAAGUACCGCAACCGGUGAAAAUCGUCAUUAUUGUUAUCCUCAUUUUACAUGUGCUGUUGAUACAGAAAAUAUACGUCGUGUUUUUAAUGACUGUCGUGACAUUAUACAACGUAUGCACUUAAGACAGUACGAAUUACUGUGA